GGGGAGGGGUGGAGAGAGACACGAGAUAUUGAGAGACUCAAAAAGAUAGCCCUGGGAGAACCACAGAGAGAUGGAAGAAGACUCUGAAAAAAAAAAAAAAAAGAAAAAAACAGAGACAAAGAUGGAAAGAGGAGUAUCGAGGGGGAACAGACAGUGGUGGAAUGAGCAAAACGCAGAGAAGAAAGCAAGCAAUCCAGGCGCCAGGAAUAGUGACACAGAGUUGGUGCAGCGGCCAUGUCUACAGCAAGAACCCCCUGGAUGUGGGUGCUCUGUGCUCUGAUCACAGCCUUGCUUCUGGGGGUCACAGAGCAUGUUCUCGCCAACGAUGAUGUUUCCUGUGACAAUCCGUCUAACACCGUGCCCUCUGGGAGCAACCAGGACCUGGGAGCUGGGGCCGGGGACGAUGCCCGGUCGGAUGACAGCAGCAGUCGCAUCAUCAACGGGUCCGACUGCGAUAAGCACACCCAGCCGUGGCAGGCUGCGCUGUUGCUAGGGCCCAACCAGCUCUACUGCGGGGGGGUGUUGGUGCAUCCACAGUGGCUGCUCACCGCCGCCCACUGCAGGAAGAAAGUUUUCAGAGUCCGUCUCGGCCACUACUCCCUGUCACCAGUUUAUGAAUCUGGGCAGCAGAUGUUCCAGGGGAUCAAAUCCAUCCCCCACCCUGGCUACUCCCACCCUGGCCACUCUAAUGACCUCAUGCUCAUCAAACUGAAUAGAAGAAUUCAUUCCAGUAAAGAUGUCAGACCCAUCAACGUCUCCUCUCAUUGUCCCUCUGCUGGGACAAAGUGCUUGGUAUCUGGCUGGGGGACAACCAGAAGUCCCCAAGUGCACUUCCCUAAGGUCCUCCAGUGCCUGAAUAUCAGCGUGCUAAGUCAGAAAAGGUGCGAGGAUGCCUACCCAAGACAGAUAGAUGACACCAUGUUCUGCGCCGGUGACGAGGCGGGUAGAGACUCCUGCCAGGGUGAUUCUGGGGGGCCGGUGGUCUGCAACGGCUCCCUGCAGGGACUCGUGUCCUGGGGAGAUUACCCUUGUGCCAAGCCCAACAGACCGGGCGUCUACACCAACCUCUGCAAGUUCACCAAGUGGAUCCAGGAAACCAUCCAGGCCAACUCUUGAGUCAUCCCAGGACUGAGCACACCGGCAUCCCCACCUGCUGCAGGGACAGCCCCGACACUCCUUUCAGACCCUCAUUCCUUCCCAGAGAUGUUGCGAAUGUUCAUCUCUCCAGUCCCGGACCCCAUGUCUUCUGGACUCAGGGUCCGCUUCCCCCACGGUUGGCUGACCCUGUUUCUCUAGCUGAACCCUGGGAACAGUUUCCACAACUGCCCAGGAUGGGGGUUGCAUCCCACUCUCCCUGCGGCACUUUCAUCCCGAAACUCAAGGCCCAUCCCUUCUCUGCAGCUCUGCCCCAAAUUUAGUCCUAGAAAUAAACUGACUGAGAAGUGGACUCU